AUGGCUGUAUUCGUUGCUAUUACUGCUAACUUAUCAUCCCAUUCUAAUGCUUUCAAGUCUUGUGCUCACUCAUUCAAUAAUUUUCCCUCUGUAAAACAAUCCAAUUGUACUUAUCCAGUAAGGAGGAAAGGGCUGAACAGUAUGAUGAGGACUAGAGCUAUAAGAGAUGAUUCUUCUUCUUCUUGGUUUUAUCCCACUAUGACUUUGUACGAUGUGUUGUGUGUUCCACAGAGCGCUGAAUUGAGUGAAGUGAAGAAAGCAUACAGGGAGAAGGUCAGAAUUUACCACCCUGAUGUCUGUCCACCUGAUGAGAGAGAAAUAUCCUGCAAAAUGUUUAUUUUAGUGCAGGAAGCUUACGAGACACUUUCUGACCAGAUGCUAAGGGCUGAUUAUGAUUUGAGUCUUCUCUUCGAUCCCCAACUGCUGUUUUCGCAGAAGAGAAAUGUGAAGCAGCAGAAAUGGGCAGAUCAGAUUGAAAAUCUUAGAGUGAAGUCGAGGAGUAGUGAGAGGAAUUCAUGGGGGGCCAAACAGCGGCGCUCCACAGAAGAAAUGGCGGCGCGUUGA